AAAAUUUUGGAUUUUUUUAGAAGUAAACAAGGCCUUAACUGUUGUAUGAUAGGCUAAAUAUGUGGUAAAGAUUCUUAUAGCCAACAGCGGAGUUCUAUUAUAAUCUUUCUCUAACGUGUCUGCUUUUGUAUGAUGUGGAUCUCUUCUGGCCGGUCGAAAAACGCUUAUACUUGCUCUAAGCCUUUUAAAAAAGUACAGGCCACGUGACAUCGUAGGUAGUGCGACCUGGUGAUUAAUCCUAAACUUUACUCCAACCAAAGACAAGCGGCAAUAUAAAAUUCCCGCCAAGAGCCAAGAUCGCCGGCGACUGCUGGUCCGCUGGCAGUGGCGGCCGACCUGAUGCCGAGCUGAGCUUCCCAUCCCUGGGCGGGAGGAGAGGACACCAAGCGAGGGACAACGCGGAGGACUCGGACGGAUGGGGCCGGCGGCGUGGGAGCGGCGGCGGACGCUGCUGGUGGUGAACCUGGCGUCCAUCAUGGAGUGCGCCGACGAGGCGCUGCUGCCGGCGGUGUACCGGGAGGUCGGCGCCGCGCUUCACGCGACGCCGGCGGGGCUAGGCGCUCUGACACUGUGCCGCUCCAUCGUGCAGGCCGCCUGCUACCCGCUGGCCGCCUACGCCGCGGCGCGCCACAACCGCGCCCACGUCAUCGCCGUCGGCGCCUUCCUCUGGGCCGCCGCCACGUUUUUCGUCGGCGUGUCCGGCACCUUCCUACAGGUUGCAAUCUCACGCGGCCUGAACGGGAUUGGCCUAGCUCUGGUGGUGCCAUCGAUCCAGUCACUGGUCGCCGACUCCACCGACGAGGCGACGCGCGGGUCGGCGUUCGGGUGGCUGCAGCUCGCCAGCAGCCUCGGGUCCAUCUCUGGCGGUUUCGUCGGCCUGCUCCUGGCGCAGACCACGGUUCUCGGCGUCGCCGGCUGGCGUGUCGCGUUCCACCUCGUGGCGGCCAUCAGCGUCGCCGUCGGGGCCCUGAACUGGUUCCUCGCCGUGGAUCCCCAUUCCCCGCCGACGAGCGAGCGCGUUGUCGACGUUCCGGCGGUCGGCAAGCGGCGGCCCGCCGUCACCGCGCGGCAGGUGGUCGCGGAGAUGAUCGAGGAUGCCAAGUUGGUGGUGCGGAUCCCGACGUUCCAGAUCUUCGUGGCGCAGGGGGUCAGCGGGUCGUUCCCGUGGUCCGCUCUCUCCUUCGGGACCAUGUGGCUGGAGCUGAUCGGCUUCAGCCACGGCGACACCGCCGUGCUCAUGACCAUCUUCUGGGUGGCCAGCUCCCUUGGCGGGAAGAUGGGCGACGCCCUCGCCGUACGGUACCCAGACGCCGGCAGGAUCGUCCUGUCCCAGAUCAGCGCCGGCUCGGCAGUUCCCUUGGCCGCCGUGCUGCUGCUGGGCCUCCCCGAGGACCCGUCCGCCGGCGUUGCCUACGGCGUCGUCCUCUUCGUCAUGGGCGUCUUCAUCUCCUGGAACGGACCCGCCACAAACUUGCCUAUCAUGGCGGAGAUCGUCCCAGAGAAAUCAAGAACCAGCAUAUAUGCCCUCGACGGGACAUUGGAGUCCGUGCUAGCAUCCUUCGCGCCUCCGAUCGUGGGUCUCCUAGCUCAACGUGUGUUCGGAUACGAUCCAGACGGCAAGGGGAAGAGCGUUCAACGGGAUCGGCAGAACGCGGCCUCCCUGGCCAAGGCGCUGUACACUUGCACAGCGAUACCAUUCAUAGUCUGCACCUCCAUAUACUCGUUCUUGUACUGCAGCUACCCCAGGGACAGGGACCGUGCACGCAUGCAGUCUUUAGUGGAAUCGGAGUUGCGAGAGAUGGAGGAGCAAGGAAGCUCUUGCCUGGAGGACGGCAGUGGACAUCGGGACGAUGGUCAACGAGCAGAUCUUGCCUGUGACAGUAAGGAACUGCGUAAGGCCGAGAUGGAUACUGUGAGAUUGUUGGCAGACCAUGAUCACCGUGAGAUGUAGGAGUAAUAAUAAGGAUCUAAAACUAGAGAGCAAAUUUUAGGCGAUUUCGAUUAGUUGAGUCAUGCAGCGUCCAUGUGAGAAUUUAGAUAUACUCACAUAUGUGUUAGAAUUAAGACAUGCUCGAGAGUGGAGACAACUAACAGAACAUGUCAUUAGAGCAAGGCUAUUAGUUAGCUCACAUAUGACCUAUUUGUAUUUGUUUGUCUCACAUACUUUUCUUGUCUUACACCCCGAUUUAUUCUCUUAUCAUAUUU